AUGGAAGUACAUGACGAAGAGAGUAUCAGGUCAAUUUCACCCUCCAUCACCUGUCUUCGCCAAAAACGUUGGAAGAUGUCUCAUGGACUGCAUCAAAUUGUACGUCAUAUUUCGGUCAAACGGCCGCAGUACAAUGCGAAUCAGCCGGCGUCUUCUGACAGCCAACUGCCAUGCGGAGGACCCGGUCGAGGCGUUUGCACAACAAUAACACCAAUUCCUGAGGAUGUUGAUCUCCUGCACUUAAAUGAUCGUUUACUUGCGGAUGAUCGUUUGGCUUGGCCAACCAGGUUCAUUUCAAUGGCUUGCACGUGUAAAGGCAACUAUUGGGGCCAUGCCUGCCAUCUCUGUCGGCCUGGAUGGAUGGGCCCAGACUGCGGGGAAAGGCGGCAGCCACGCAUCCGGCGGAAUGCGCUAUUGAUGAGUGAGGAGGAGCAGCGAAGGUUUCGCGACCGUCUGGUGUUGGCCAAGAGAACGCCUAUGCAAGAAUGGGUCGUGCUCAACAUCUCCUCAAGUCAGAAUGGAGACCCAAUCGAUGUUGCAAAGAUCAACUUGGUUGCCCCACCCUCUGUUUAUGAUUUCUACGUUUAUCUUCAUCUCUAUGCGACGCGCAGCAGCCUCAUCUUUGAGUUGGAUGUAGGAGCAGAAUGCGACCUCCGGCAGCAUGUGCUAGACUUCGCACAUAAGUGCGAUAAAUAUUCAAGAAAUCUUUCUGAAGCCAGGACUCGGGAGCAUCGGUAG